UUUGUAGACGCGAAGCCAAAAUGAAUGUAACGUGAACACAUUACGUGAAAUGGCGUCCAAGGAGAUUUUAAAGCAGCUUAGGCGAACCGUUCUAGACGAGGUAUUAACGAAAUUCGAGAAUCUGCAGGAUGGUAUCGGCAAGCGACGCAAGGCAGAGACGUGGAGCGCGUACUUCGAGCGCCUCCGCAUAGCGCGCGACAUAUCCUGGUUUAGAGAGAAGGGGCUGAAGAUGUCGACCGUUAAUAUCGUCGCGCGCUCAACUGCGCCGUUGGAUGAGCUUAUAAAGGCGCAGGGGGACGUUCAGGAUGAAGCAAGAGCAGCCGCAGCAGAAGCCACAGAAGCAGCUGGCCCCGCAGCCCCCGCAGCGCAGGAGGCCACCAAUGUCGCCAGCACGAGCACCACCCGCAUCUUCGAAGGCACCGCCAACCCCGUCACCUUCGUCAAAGGCGAGAACAACAUCGCCAGCACCAGCACCAUCGCCGCCAGCAGCCGCCAAGUCGACCCCACCACAGCCCACACAGCCGUUAUCCUCGCAGCCCCGCACUGUUGGGCGAUAGCUGAUAGCUGCUGGGCGAUAUCCCUCAAACAGGCCGUACGGCACGGCACGUUUCACACGUCAGGGAGGCGACAGCCGCAGCCGCAGCAGCCGCUCCAAAAAGCGACACCGCAACAACAACUACAACCCGCCCCAAAUCGGGACGAUUCCGACAUCGACAUCCCUGAGUUUAUGGAGCCCUCCACGUACGACGCCGCCAUGAACAGUCGCUACUGGGAGACCCGGCCUGUGCGGGUGCUGGCGCGGCUGCUGCGAAUAGGUGAACGGACUGGGGGUGGGCGGGUGGGGCUGGGGCGGGUUGGAGGUGGAGGGUGGGGUGGUAAACGCCUAGUGGUGGCAGCCGCGAGGAGGAAAUGGGAAGCGUGCUACACACUGUGUGGGGGGGGGAAGGAGGGAGGGAGGGAGGAGGGUAUUGGUGUGGGCGUUGUCGGGUGGGGGCGGGGGUGGAUGCUGGCUGGCGGGUCUAGGUUGGGAUGGUUGGGAUUGGGUCGAUUGUCGGGUGCGGGUGUUGAGUUUGGCGGUUGGGCUGCUGCUGCUCGUGCUCGUAACCUGCGUAUCAAGGACCCUGCGCAGCAGGAGGUGGCGGCGGCGGAGUCGCUCAAGGACGUGCUGGUCCGUCUGGGUCCGGCAUUUGUCAAAAUCGGUCAGGCGCUGUCCAGUCGACCUGAUGUGCUGCCGCCGCCGUACAUCGCCGCACUGGAGGCGCUCCAGGACCGCAUCCCGCCUUUCCCGGACUCGGCUGCCAUGGCGGUGUUGGAGUCGGAGCUGGGUGUCCCGCCCUCCUCUGUGUUCUGCCGCCUCUCCCCCAGCCCGGUGGCAGCGGCCUCCCUGGGGCAGGUGUACCGGGGGGCGCUGAGACCGGAGCUGGGGGGAGGGGAGGUGGCGGUCAAGGUGCAGAGGCCCCGGGUGGCGCAGAUGAUUGCGCAGGACGUGUACAUAUUGCGCAUCCUGGCCGGCUGGCUCCGUACGGCUCGUCGCUUCAACACGGACCUGCCGGCGCUGGUGGACGAGUGGGCCUCGUCGCUGUUCCGAGAGCUGAACUACCGGACCGAGGCGGCGAAUGCGCGCAGGUUCAAGGAGCUCUUCUCGCACCUGCCUCAGGUGUACGUGCCGCACAUUUACGACGAGUACACGACAGCCAAGGUUCUGACCAUGGAGUGGAUCGAAGCUGCGUUAAGCGCCACCACCGCCACUAUCACCACCAUCACCACCGGCGCAAGGGCCAGCCAGCAGCUGGAGGACCUGGCGCUGGUGGAGGUGGGGGUGCGGUGCUCCCUGGAGCAGAUGUUGGAGGAGGGAUUCUACCAUGCAGAUCCGCAUCCAGGCAACCUGCUCCGGACCCCGGACGGCCGACUGGCCUACCUGGACUUCGGUAUGAUGGGGCAGAUAGACGAACGAACACGGAACGCACUCAUGACCGCUACACUGCAUCUCGUCAACCGGGAGUACGGCAGGCUGGCGGAGGACUUCAUCAUUCUAGGUCUGCUACCCGCCGGCACUGACCGAGAUGCCGUACUGCCCGCAUUGACUGGUGUGUUUUCCGAGGCUCUGAAGGGCGGUGUGAGCAACCUCAGCUUCGGCCAGCUGAGCGGGAACCUGGGAGUCACGAUGUACAAGUAUUCGUUCAGGCGAGGGAAGGGGAGGGGAAGAGGGAGGAUACCGCCGUACUACACCUUGCUCGUACGAUCACUUUCCGUGCUUGAAGGCAUCGCGCUUGCGGCGGAUCCCAAUUACAAGGUGCUCGGCUCUGCCUACCCCUGGAUCGCUAGGCGACUGCUGACCGACCCCUCGGGGGACUUACGUAAGGCCCUCCGCCGGCUGCUGUACACUGAGGAGGGGCAGUUCCGCUUCGACCGCCUAGAGUCGCUGCUGCGGCAGGCUGCCAAAUCCGCAAAUCGCCUGAAGCGCCCUCAGCAGCAGCAGCGGCAGCAGCUUCAGGGGGCUCGCCCCGCCGCCCUGACGAGUGUGGACGGGGGCGGUAACGCAACCACCACCACCACCACCACCACGGGGGCGACGAGCUCCAGCCGCAAUGCAGCUCGGGGCAAUGGUGACGGUGGUGGCGCGCUGCUGCUGCUGCUCAGUCGCGACGGAGAGUUUGUGCGGGGGAUUCUCCUGGACGAGGUCGCUAAGGGCAUCGACGGCGCCUGGCGCAUCGCUGCCGACGCGACCGUGGCCACUGUACGGCAGGGCGUGGCGGGCCUGCCGACUCCGGCGCUGCCGCUGCUGGCGUUACUUCCGGGUGGCGGGGCUGCUACAGCUCGGCAAUGCACUGGCGGACGUGUCGGGUGGGUUGCGCCGUCACGGGAUCUGGAGGAGAAAAAAGGUGUAGAUGUAGGUGUAGGACUUAAACUUCCAACAGUACAGCAGCCAGACACUGCUACCUCCUCCUCCUCAUUAUCUUCGGCAUCAUCAUCAUCCUCAGCAGCGGCGGCGGGGCCGCGGCCGCCUGCCAGCCCCGCGGACCUUUACGACGCAGUGACUCAGGCCUCUGAGGCGGUGCUGUGGCUGGCUCGCGAGGCAGCGGACCUCCCCUUGGAGGCCAGGGGGGAGCUGCUGCAGCUGCCCCUGCAACUGGGAUCCAGGGUAGCGUCGCGAGUGACGGCGAGGGCGCUGAGGGCGCUGGUGCUGGGUAGCGGCGGAGAGGGGGACGGCAGCGGCGAGAAUGAGAAUGGCGGCAGCGGUACUGCCCCUGGGGAGCUGGCUGCAGCUGUGUGCCUUAUCCUUAGGUUUAGGUUUCUAAACAAGGCAUGUUUUGGUGCGGCAAUGUUGAUAAUUGGGCAUUCACAAGUGAUUGGUGAAGACAUGUAUGUUUGCGUGUGUAGACAGGCGAGACAGGCGCAGCCACAUUCGUUAAACUUAAAGGGGGUUACCCUCCGUUUUAUGCCAGCUGGCGAUGCUACAACCGCUUCGGACCCACUUCGCGUUGCGAAAAUUAACAAGCGAAAAUUAAGGAAACAAUCCUCCACUUCGCUUUGUAAACACUUUUCCUCUGUCCCUGUUGACAAUGACCUUCAGGACCAGAUGCUGUCAACUGAUAACGUUGCGGCCUCCCUCGACGCUACAGGCCAUGAUAAUGUUGAGCGGCAGCCCCCAAAGCCAAAGCGCCUGGCACCUUACCAGCGCGUUUGGUGGAGACUUUGCGUGAGUCAGUGCCAAACCGCAUCAGCACCUUGGAGCGUUCCCUGGAAGGAUCACAUCAGGAGAUGGCAGAGAUUCGUGACGACAUCCUAUCGUUACGAAAUUCAUCAAUUCAUCACAGCGUUUGGAGACACAACUUCAGGAAUUACUCUCCAAGCUCUCCACGCCCACCACUCCACCACCACUCCACGGUCCAUGGCCAUUUGCAAGAUUAUCAAGCAAGUGACUGCAUCUUCCUUGGCCGGCAUCCUGUCGAAGGAGAGCCUUCAGGUCGCCGCUUUUGAGGCGGCCCUGGACUCCCUGACAAUCGAGCAGGAGGUCACCUUGGAGGAGGUCCGAAAGCUUUGGGACACCGGUGUGGUGGAAAGCGGCCCUGGUGUUAGCACUACGGAUUCCGACUCUGCACAGCCUGCGCUACAGCCCACUGGCAAAACUCCGUGUAUGGAGCUUUCGGACCUCCUCCAAGGUGACCUCCGGCUCUAUAGUCAGGGAGUCCAGGGCCGCCUGAAAAGCGGUGACCUGGAGGCUCUCCUUCGACAGGAUGCCGGCCAAGGAAGACGAAGCCACUUGCUGGAUAAUCUUGCAAAUGGCCACGGACCGUGGAUUGGGAGGUGGGCAAACGCAUCUGGCUGUAGCAAUCUGAAGUACCAACUGCUGCUGUACACAUCAGAUUAUGAUGGAGGCGCAGUAUUGGAGUGGCUUGUGGCCCGGGGCGUACCCAUGGGGGAUGAUGGUAAGCUUUACGUAACGGCAGCACACUGUCACGACCUGGUCAUUCUGCGUUGCCUGAGGCGGCUGGGCUGCCCCUGGGGCCCCGGCGUCUUCAGCCGAGCAGUGUACGACAAGGGUGCGCUGUACGGCAGGAGCAAUGGCAGUACCCCAGAGGUCCUUCAGUGGCUGCACGCCGAGGGCUGCCCGCUGUUGCCUAACGAUAGUUGUACGGGGCUCUCACAUUCCCCUGAGCUGACCGUACCGGGGCUCGUGAGCCUGCCGGCGGAUUUCGAUACGUGCAUGACCAGCGGUGGCGUGUACGAACGUACGACCAGUACGUGGCGCUUGGAGUUUCUCGUGGCAUAA